UCGGAUGGAACGAAAUGACUUUGAAAUAUCAUCAUUUAUUUUGAAAUUCGUCAUUUAUUUCGAACCCUCGCUCUUAUUGGUCCGUCCCCCGAGGACUAUCGGAAUUUGAAAAAAAAAAAAAAACAGCGAUCGUUAGCGCAUGCGCGGGGAGACCCCCCACUGGCCCGAGUGAUUUAUUUCAGUCACAACAUACGCGUGAAACCGGCAUGCAACAGAUAAUUGUCAGUCCCUAGCGAUCCUUAGCGAUCAGUAUCGCAGAAAAGUUAUAACAUCGAAUAAAUAAUUUCGUUCAUUAGCUUGAGCUCAUUAAGAAAUCAGUGACAGCGGUUGGUCCAUUAAGAAUCUGAAAUCGCCAUGGAAGCCAUCUUGACUACCCUCAGCAAAAAGCUGUUGGCCUCGGGCAAACAGGAGUCUUGCCACUCCGAGUACUCGCUCCUGAAGAGCGAUUCAGACCGCGUAAAAUUCACGAUCCAACUCCUCCUCGACUACUCCAUGCCCAUCACCCCCAUCACCCCCGGCAAGUCCCCGUCGACCUCCACCCGCCUGCGGGAGGAGGGUAACCGCCUGUUCACGAUGCCCUCACCCUCUGCAAGACCUCAACUCGACGAAUCCGUCGAGCAGUACACAAAGAGCAUCACCGUCGCUCCCAACGACUCGGUAGAAUUAUCCCUCGCCUAUGCGAACCGUUCCGCGGUCCUCUUCAAGGCCCGCCUGUACCAGGACUGCUUCCUGGACAUAUCGCGUGCCCUCGCGCUCCCCUACCCCGAUCAUUUGAAAUCAAAACUCUACGUUCGCCAGGCGCGAUGUCUCAUGACCUCGAAGAUAACCUCUAAAUCCCAGAAAAAGGAACUGGAGGAUUCCCUAGAGAACGCUCGCCUCUGGUUGGACAAGAUGGAUCCGAAGAAUCAGGCUAAAUCUUUCAUCGAGAAGACCCUGAAGGACCCCAAGAAAAUGGCGCCUGUAGAGAGGCCCUUCGUCAAAUGGAACCCACACCAAAAUAUCCCUAGUAUCACCGAGGAAAAUAGGGAAAUCCCCGGUGUGUCUUCGAGCCUCGAGCUGAAGUACUCGGAAGAGUUCGGGAAACAUGUGAUCGCGACCAGGGAAAUUUAUCCAGGAGAGAUCCUAGCUGUUAUGGAGCCAUACGCCACUGUUCUAGUCCCGGAGAAGUUCUUCACCCACUGCUGGAGGUGCCUGGAGCAGACCUGGAGCUCGGUCCCCUGUCCAAAUUGCGUUAACGUAGUCUUCUGCAGUGAGGAGUGCAGGGAAAGGGCUUGGGAGGAGCAUCAUGACACUGAGUGUGACGUCAUUGGACCACUACUGGCCCAGGAGAUGAGUAAUCUAGGGCUUUUGAGUCUAAGGUUGGCGGUCCGGGCGGUCAAGGAGGCGGGAGGGCUCAGGGAGCUCAUGAAGAAGGUCGAAGAGGUCGAGGGGAGGGUCGGGAGGACCAGCGGGUUCACUGGGGAAAUCCUGGAUGAUAAGGAUUAUGCCAGUGUUUACACGCUUGCUAGGAAUACGGAGAAGAGAUCGGUUCCAGAUUUGUUUGGGCGAUCGCUCAAUGCUGCUUACAUUAUUUUCAUGCUGGCGACGAGGAGCGAGCUGUUCGGGGAGAGAUUGCCGGAGGAUCUGGAGGGGCUGAAGGGCAAUGAGGAGGUCAUGUUCGUCGGGGGACUCAUCAUGAGGCACCAGCAGAUCAUCCCGAGCAAUGGGCACGGCGUAUCAGAGGAGGGACUGGGGACAGACCCUCUGGAGAGAGCCGGAGCUCUGAUGCCAUUCUACAGCCUGAUCAACCACAGUUGCAACCCUGGAAUCGCUAGGACUACACGUGGGAAGAAAAUGAUUAUCUACGCGGAUUGUAUCAUUCGCAAGGGUGAACAGGUGUUCGAUAAUUAUGGAAGUCAUUAUGCUAUGAUGCCAAAACGAGCUCGACAGAUCCAACUGAUGCAACAGUUUCGAUUCACCUGCGAGUGCCAGCCCUGCAUUGAGGAUUGGCCCACGUACAUGGGGAUUCCCUCGUUCAAGGAGCAACAUCUCUCAGCACUGGACAGACAGGAGAUAAGACAAGCCCUUAAGAACUUUCAAAGGUAUUAUGAGUGUGCGCUGUACAGGAAGCUUGAGAAUGUCCCAGCAAUGAUCAAGGAUCUCAAUAAAAUGCUGAAGACUCUCGCUCUGAAGGUGAAGGCCCCCUGCAGGGAGGUCAAUGACGUCGUCGAGACCAAGAAGAGGAUUGUCGCACUUCUGGGGAAUCGAUAUCAAUCAUUGAACGCAUAAAAUCCAUCAUCGAGACUACGAUUCAUUUUUUUACAUCAAAAACAACAAACAGUUUGUUUUUGUAAAAUAAA